UUCUUCACUCAAAAUCUGCAGCCACUGCGGAACUCUUUGAGGACAGGCAACGUCAAUGUCCAAGGAAAAAGAGGCAACAUACAAAUACGCCGCCUCUUCAGACCAGUCCGUCCACGUGCGACAACAAAAUUCUGGCGCUUCGUCCUCUCAACCGGCCGAUAUGCUUCCCCGGGCUAUAAAUUUGAGCAAUGGCUUCCUUCUUCUUAAAGGGGAAGGUGAAAACUUGUCUUUUGCCCUCCCUUCUUCCUCGAGAAUAAAUUGCUUGAGAGCUUUGCGCUUUCUCGAUUUCAAGGCGUUAUAGAGCAACAUCCCGAGAUGUCGAAGUACGGUGCCGGCCACGGUCCCACGAUACAUAUUUCAGAUGAGAGUUCUGUGGACCUGGAUACGAAUGAUCAGGAGUUUACAUUUUCAUGGGGACCUUUAUUCUCGAGUUCGAGGGAUUAUCAGAAGCCCAAUCAGAAAAUGUCUGGAAAGCUAGUCUUCAACAUCAACAUCACUGCUGCCCAAUCUGCUGAGAGCAACCAGAUUAGAUUUGGAUCUGAGUUUGAUAAGCUUCAAGCCACCUUUGGUGCACCACAACCUGAAGUGGUGGCACCUCCUGUUGAAUCCGAUAAAUCAACUCCUAUUCAAGUUAACGUGGAAGGCGGGUCUGCAGCUGCCAAACCCUCAAUAUUUACUCGUUUGACUUAUCCACAGUCAGCUGCUAUGGCUAAGGAAAAGUCUCCAGUUGUUGGAAUCCCCAGUCUCUGGGAACUUUGAAGUGGGAUCAUCCUUUGCCAUCCCAGAAAUCACUAAAUCUCAACGUCACAACAUGAUUCGUCGUAUGAGGCGAAGGGUUGAAAGAGCUGAAACAUUAAUGAAGAAUUCUCUGAUCGUUUCCACGACUGAGUCAUCUAAUAAUGCAACUACUGAAGUUCCUGAGCAAUAUGUUAAUUCCCCUCAAUUAGCUGGUAGCAUAUUUCACCCAUUGUCUGCUGCUGCUGGGGAAGAGAACGUACUGCAUAUAGCACAUUCUCCACCUACUUCGUUCCGAAAUGAUCAUGCUCUCCCUUGUCUUUCUAAAAGGAAGAGAAAAUUCAAGACUUUACUGAAUGGAUUGAUGCAGGAUUGUGCCAUUGGUUAUGGCAAGUCAAAGAAAUAAUUUUUUUAAAGUGU